AUGGCUUCACAAAAAAAACCAAAAUUUGAUUCAUACUCACCGUUCAAAAUGGUUUAUGACGAAAUCUGGGUGAGCUCAUUGACAGAUGCAGAAUUGUACAGACAAUUGAAAGCUUUAGGCUUUGACAUUGGACCAGUUGUUAUCAACACAAGGAAGGUUUAUGAACGUAAGUUACUACGGGCCCUGAACAAUUCAUCACCUGAGCAGUUUGGCAAUCCCGAGUUGGUCGGUGGGGAUGCAUCGAGUUCAGUCAGCAAUACUAGGGAAGAUCGAGCAGACCACAGCUACUCAGGCUCAGGUGACCAGGGCCGCUCCCUCCAACCGCCACCUUCGUUAGUCAGGGGAGUAAUGACAAGGUCCUCUGGUGUCAGUCCGCCUGGUCAGUCAACAAACAGGCCCACCACCUUGCCAUGGCAGCAACAGCAGCAGCAAGAACGUUUUUCACAAGAUAUUGAAGAAUACGUCAUCAACGACGAUGAUGUUGGUGGUGGUAGUCGGGUGAAUUUGGAAAGAACCGGUGGAUAUGAGCGCCCUCAUGAUGUUGAAUCUGUUGCCAGGGAGGCUGGCUCGUCUGGACAGUCCAUUGUGGCUAGUCGUUCGUGGUCCAGUACUGUCACCUCCUCAUAUCCGGCCCCAGCUACUUCUAAAGCUACUACAGCUGCUUCUUCAUCUUUUGCUAGAAGUUCUGCUAGUGAUUAUGAUGAUCACAUGAGAAGAGCAUGUGACCAAGCAUCUACACAUGCUGAGGGGCAAUCUCUUUUUGGCCAGAUCGACAUCAACCAAUUUCGUCGGCGUCCGCUGCACGACAGACCGCGACCAGAGCCAGACCAAAAGCUGUCGCUAAUACGAAGAUUUCGACAGUUUGAACAACAGCAAAGAGAAUUUGAGUUACAAGGGCUUUCUGGUUGUUACUCUUCUGACGAAUCACCAGAGAGAUUUGGAGGUCGUCCAAUGAUAGAACGCCCUGCUGGUGCAGCCGCUUCCCCUGCUCCUAUUGCACCAGGGUUUGGCAUUCCGUAUUGGUACAUUGAGUUGUUCGUCCUGGCCAUGAUAAUGCUCUGGCUGUUUGGGGCACUGGUCUACAUGUACCUCUACCCCAAAGAUGGCUUGCACCUCUUUGCGGAAGUACAAUUUGAGAAAGAGAUGUUUGUAAUAAUGGCUCUCAUCAACGUCAUCGUCCAAAGGCAAUUUAACGAUGACAGAUGAUGAUGUUGAUGAUGGUUGUGGUGGCUGGUGGUGAUCGUUAUUGACAUUACCAUCGGUCGCUUCGCUAUAGUCAUCAUCACCACCGACACCAUCCUCAUCUUCGUCCUCCUCAUCAUUCUCAUCAUUAUCAAUUUUUAGCACUUUCGUACGAAGCAUUAACUUAUUUUUCUCAUUCAUUUAGCUUAAUGGUAAUUUAACUAGCAGCACACUAUCUUGCUCUUACCAGAAAUAUCAACAUCAUUAUCGUCAUCGUUAAUGACGUCAUCGUUAUUAUCAGUGACAUCACCAUCGCUGCCAUUGUCGUUCUAUAUUUUUAGCACUCAUUCACAAUGUUUUUACUAGUUUCGUUCACUUAUGUUUAAUGAUGGUUCACUUCUAACACACGUUCGUCUUCUCUUAGUGGGACUUUGACGUUUUUUUUCUAAACUUAGCACUAAUACGUAUCGCCGGACACAAAUUAUAAAUGUGAUUUAUUAAUUAAUGUGUAUACGUGUGUGUGUGUGUGAAUUAAUAUUUUUUAGUUUUGUGAUACAUCUUAGUUUUUUUUUAUUGAAAAGUGGCCUUCGUAAUUCAACUUUUUAGGCAAUUAUUUUAUUUAUUAUGCUUUGACAAUUAUAACUUAUUAUGAUUGUAAUAUUAUUAUUAUUAUUUUACGAAUAUUAUUAUUCUUUUGUCAUGUCACUUUAGUUUUACUCACGUCUGGACACCUCAAUUUUUUUGAAAAAUUGUAAAAAAGAUCUCUUUUUUGGUCGUUCUUCGAGUCUUACUGUUUCAAUAAAUCCAAUUCAAAA